AUUGCAUCUUUCUCCAAUUCAAUUUUAUACGCUGCUGCCUCAGGACAGGGAAACAGAUGAUGGAGACUUUGGCUGUAGCGUUGGGAGGAGCCAUCCCCAGCCCUCGUGUUGCAUGCUUCCUACCUUCUUCUUCUUCUUCUUCGGUCAGCUCAUUAACGGCUAGAAAUUCAGUCAGUUUAUCCUACUCAGCCUCCAAUCUCACCCUCCACCGGAAUCUAGCAGCAUUUCAGCCACCAUCCCAUCUAUUCUCAUGCCCCAAAUCUUCUCCCCAUGCGCCCAAAAACUCACGCAAAACCCACGUUUUCCUUCCUCACUUAGUUGCUUCCCUGGAAGUCGAGCAGACUUAUAUUAUGGUUAAGCCAGAUGGUGUUCAACGUGGUCUUGUUGGGGAGAUAAUUUCAAGAUUUGAGAAAAAAGGGUUUAAGCUAACAGGGUUGAAGCUUUUUCAAUGCCCCAAGGAAUUGGCUGAGGAGCAUUAUAAGGAGCUGCAGUCGAAGCCAUUCUUCCCCAAAUUAAUCAAUUACAUUACUUCUGGUCCUGUUGUUUGUAUGGCAUGGGAGGGUGUUGGUGUGGUUGCAUCUGCUCGUAAACUGAUAGGAGCUACAAAUCCUCUUCAAGCUGAACCAGGCACAAUCAGAGGGGAUCUGGCUGUACAAACAGGAAGGAAUGUGGUUCAUGGUAGUGAUAGCCCUGAGAAUGGCAAGCGUGAAAUAGGUCUGUGGUUCAAAGAAGGCGAAAUAUGUGAAUGGAUACCAGUUCAAGAACCAUGGGUGAUUGAAUGAUAUUUAGUCACAUUGUCACGAGUUAUUUUUGUUUUGGGAGGUUACUCCAACAGGCAACAGCCACCUCUAGAAGGCAGAUUAAUUGAGUUUUCUACCUCUAUUGUUGCAGCGAUUCCACGCAUAAUUUUGCAUAUUAACUCCACAUAUUUUUAUGUAUCAGUGAAAUGAGAACAGAAAGAAAUAAAAAGAUACAUUUCUUUUUAUCAA